GUGUCGCACUAGUAACGUCACACUUUCCAAAUCGUGCUUCCAUUUCGUAUAUAAAGGCUGGGACCGCAGUGUAUCAUCACCUCAGUUUUCUACCAGCAAGAGGAACUUCCACAAAGAUGCUCGUCAAGGCUGUCUUCCUCGCCGUCGUGGCUCUCGCCGUCGCACAGGAGAACUAUCCUCCUCAGCCAUACAGCUUCAACUUCGACAGCACCGACGAGUUCGGCACCCGUCUCUUCCAGUCUGAAUCUGGUGAUGAGGGCAACAGGAAGACCGGCUCCUACGGCUACGUUGAUGCCAGCGGCGUUCAGCGUACCGUGAACUACGUCGCUGACGAGAACGGUUUCCGUGCCACCGUCGACACCAACGAGCCAGGAACCAAGGCCGAGUCUCCAGCCGAUGUUCAGCUCAACGCCAACCCACUCCCCAACCCAGAGGUUGGUGCCAAGCCCGUCGCCGCUGCUGUCCACACUGUUCACGCCGUUCACGCCGCUCCAGCAUUCCACGCCGUCCACGCCGUCCCAGUGACCCUCGCCCACGCUCCACUCACCUACACUCUUGGCCGUGCCAAGAGCCGUUAAAAUAUGAUCUAGGGCUGUAUGUACCAUCCUAUUUGUGUCGCAGUUGCGACGCUGGGGAGAUUGGCAUUCUGGGGAAGCUAAAUUGGAGAUCCUGUUGCAAGGACCACACGUGCUCCUGUCAUCCUACUGUUGUCUUGUCUUCAGCCUUGACAAUCUUUGUCCAUGUUCACCUCGUCCCCCUCUUCUGUAUAAAAAAUAAAGCAUAUGUUGAUAACCACAA